CACCCCCAGGUCCUUCUCCAGAUGCGUGGGGUUGUUGUGGCCAAAGAGCAGGACCUGGCACUUGGUCUUGGUGAAGCUCAUCCUGUAGCCCCAUUGGCCAGCUAUCCAGCCUGUCCAGAUCAUUCUGUAGGGCCUUCCUAGCCCCAGGCAGAUCAACGCUUCCUCCAACUUGGUUUGAUCUGCACACUUCCUUAGGGUGCACUCAGUCCCCUCCUUUGGUUAAUCAAUGAAGUUGUUAAGCAGGAUUGCCUCACUGCUGACCCCUGGGGAGCACUACUCAUGGCUAGUUGCCAGCUGGAUGUAUCUCUGUUCAUCACCAUUCUCUGGAUGGUAGUGGAAACAGUAAACAGGCAGGAAAAAUGAUUUUCUGCUUUUGGGACAGAGCACUAAGCUAGAUGCACCGACUUCUGUCAUGUUAGGGUUUUUCUUAAUUACUUUAUUGCUGCUUUUUCCUUGCAUGAUUGAGGUUUGUACUUUGCUGUGCCUCCUGUAGGCAUGGAGAAGCGUGUAACUUCUGCAUAUGUUAAGCUGGCUGAAAGAUUGUCCUGUGUGUAUUCAUCACAGUUGGCUGCAGCGUUAAGGUGAACAAAAUCCUGUCCUACUUGUGUCACGUUCUCUUUGCUCACCCUUUGGAAGAAAUGAGAUUGCUGCUGGAGUAGCUUGUUGAAAUGCCUACUGAUACAACUGGCAAAUCCAUGACAUGGCAUAACCAUGGCUAGAAGAGCAGUCAGAGCCUCCCAGAAUCACACUUACUCUGCAGGCAUGGCAUAUACAUUGUUUUCUUAAAUCAUGUGUCCUCUAUUUAAAAAUAAAUUGUUUUAAUAUAAAUAUGACCGCGGGACUAACAGAUAAACUGUGCUUUAUGAAAGCAUCUAUGAAAACUGGUAAAUGUAUAAGGGAGUGGUAGAAGUCAAGUAAAGAAUUUGAAAAUUCUGAUUAGUUGGGGUUGAACUAUCAGUAUGUAGAUAUCAGUGUUAUCUCAAGGGAGAGAAUACAGCAAGCUUGGACACAUCCUCUCGGGGGUGUUGUAAAGCUGAAAAUAGAUAAAAGGACAGAGAAUGUUUAGAAGGUUUGAAAGAACAGGCAAUUUAACAUCUUGGUAAGUGAGACUGCUGAAGUGCCUACUUUAUAAUGCUGAUAAUCAGGGCAGUUGAAAGGUGACAAAUGAGAAGCUGAAGAGUUGGUGAUGCCUGUAUUAUAUGUUAGUGAGCUCCAUAAACUUGGGAAGAACGGGUGUGUGGAUGAGCAGUGAUGGAGGUGUUCGGUGGGGGAUGUCUGUCAGUAUUGGCUCCCAGGGAAAACAUAGCUUGAGUGUCCUGCUUAGCACUGGAUUGAAGACGUUGGCUGUUGAGGUUGUUUCAGUAGUUUGCUGUAGCUGGGGCUCCAGUACAACGCUUCUGCAGUCUGCAAAAUGUGACCUCCAGCCUGACUUAGUGGCCACAAUUCUGUAAUAAUUUAACACCACUGAAAGAACAGUUCUUCUCAUGCUGUGGUCUUAUGUGAAGGUGAAACCUUGCAUGUAGUAUAGAUGAGUUAUUAUUUAAAGCUGCCUGCAGAAUAUAACCCAGCUUUUGUUGACCUGUUGGUUCUCGUUGAAAUUGUGAAGGCGUGAUGAAGCAAAAAUCAGCCAGGAAUACCAUAACCUGAAGUGUCCCAAAUGAACCAUUGCUCUUUUGCAGAUGAGAAACCUUACAAGGUGAGGUAUAUUUUGGAUAGAAGGGAGGAGCGUGCCUGCACAGUAUGCACAUAAGCUGCCUAGAAAGCUCUGAUUGUGUAGCUUGAAGGUAACAUUUUGUACUUGGCUCAACAAGGUACUAACUAUUACAGCUUAGAGUGCUGAAGUUUGACAGCACGGUAAGUUUGUGGAAUUCAGAUAUCCAGUUACUGCCUGGAAAUAAGACUAGUUCUGGCUUCAAUGCAGUGCUUCUGUCUGUAGAUGAUGCUGUCCUCAAACAAGCUCCAAUAGCUGUCUGCUUAAAAUGAUACAGCUGAUUUGGGGCUUGUAUUUUAAUUCCUGAAAGUAGCCUGAUACAAACUGUAAAACUAGGAAGUGUGUGUGUAUGUAUGUAUAUAUAUAUAUGUAAAAUAUGUAUAUGUAUGUAUGUAUAUAUAUAUAUAUUUAAAAAAAAAAAACUGGCUAUCAUUUCUUCCAAUCCAUCUGAAGUACAAAUAGAGACGAAUGCCAGACACAGCUCAAGAUUCAGCAUCCCUCCUGAUGUUUUAUGUGUCCCGACUGGGGUAGUUGAUAUCAAAUGCAAGGGUGUCAGAAUUCAAAACAAACACAACUGCGCCACUCAGGUAGCUACAAAAUGAGACUUUGAAUAUUCUUUAAUGGAUUUUUGAAAAAGUUGAUGAUUUAAAUUAGUGACAUCUUGGAAGGUUGAUUAUCUAUCGGCUGUCGAGUUGUAAAUUAGAGCCACGGAGUAAACUCAUCAUCAAAAUUUAAAGUGAAUUUCAGAUCCGCCUUCUGAACUAUUACCUGAAUUGUUUGGAGGUGGCGUGUCCUACAGCAUUUGAUAAUGGAAGAUCCUAAGCAAGGAGUGUUCUCAAGUAAAACCUCGGUGCUAAUGUGUCUGUUUCGGUUUGCGUUUUUAGGGAUCAGACAGAAAUCUCUAACUGUGUGCUGAGCGUUCUGUCUGGUGGGAAUCAUGUCAUCCAUACUGCCAUUCACUCCACCGGUUGUGAAGAGACUUCUUGGGUGGAAAAAAUCUGCUGGUGGUUCCGGAGGGGCCAGCGGUGAGCAGAAUGGGCAGGAGGAGAAGUGGUGUGAAAAAGCGGUGAAAAGCUUGGUCAAGAAGCUAAAGAAAACAGGACAGCUGGAUGAGCUUGAGAAGGCCAUUACCACUCAGAACUGCAAUACCAAGUGUGUGACCAUACCAAGCACUUGCUCUGAAAUUUGGGGACUGAGUACACCAAACACGAUAGAUCAGUGGGACACAACAGGCCUUUACAGCUUCUCUGAACAAACCAGAUCUCUCGAUGGCCGGCUACAGGUGUCGCAUCGCAAAGGACUUCCGCACGUCAUCUACUGUCGUCUGUGGCGCUGGCCGGACCUUCACAGCCACCAUGAACUUAAAGCAAUCGAAAACUGUGAAUACGCUUUUAAUCUUAAGAAGGAUGAAGUGUGUGUAAACCCAUACCACUACCAGAGAGUGGAGACACCAGUCUUGCCUCCUGUCCUGGUGCCACGGCACACUGAGAUCCUGACAGAGCUUCCACCUCUUGAUGACUACACCCAUUCCAUUCCUGAGAACACUAAUUUCCCAGCUGGGAUUGAACCACAGAGCAACUACAUACCAGAAACACCACCUCCAGGAUAUAUCAGUGAAGAUGGAGAAACGAGUGACCAGCAGUUGAACCAAAGCAUGGAUACAGGAUCUCCAGCAGAGCUGUCUCCCAGUACUCUCUCUCCAGUCAACCAUAGCCUGGACUUGCAGCCAGUCACUUACUCGGAGCCCGCAUUCUGGUGUUCAAUAGCAUAUUAUGAGUUGAAUCAAAGAGUGGGAGAAACCUUCCAUGCAUCACAGCCUUCUCUGACUGUAGAUGGCUUCACAGAUCCAUCCAAUUCCGAACGGUUUUGUCUAGGUCUGCUUUCCAACGUCAACAGAAACGCGACAGUGGAAAUGACAAGGCGGCACAUAGGGAGGGGAGUGCGUCUCUAUUACAUCGGCGGCGAAGUCUUUGCUGAGUGUCUCAGUGAUAGCGCAAUUUUUGUUCAGAGCCCCAACUGUAAUCAAAGAUAUGGCUGGCAUCCUGCAACUGUCUGCAAAAUCCCACCAGGAUGCAAUCUAAAAAUCUUUAAUAACCAAGAAUUUGCUGCUCUUCUGGCUCAGUCUGUGAAUCAGGGUUUUGAAGCAGUUUAUCAGCUUACCAGAAUGUGUACCAUCAGGAUGAGUUUUGUUAAAGGAUGGGGAGCUGAGUACAGGCGGCAGACCGUGACAAGCACUCCUUGCUGGAUUGAGCUCCAUCUGAACGGACCUCUACAAUGGCUGGACAAAGUAUUGACUCAGAUGGGCUCCCCUUCAGUACGCUGCUCCAGCAUGUCGUAAAACUCCUUCCUCUGCUACCAGUGGGCUAAAUACUAAGACCUAUCAACAGACUUCAUAGAAAAGCUCGUCUAUCGUAGUAUUUGUGUGUGGUCCUCAUGAACUCUUUACUAUCCAAAAAAAGCUUUUUUUUUUUUUUUUUUUUUUUAUUAUUAACGAAAAACAGCACUUGAGGUCUCAUCAAUUAAAGCACCUUGUGGAUUCUGUUUCCUAUACUCUGAUACUAGAUGAAAACUUAGUCUAUAGAAAUGCCUUCUUCAGAGAGAAGAAGGAACAGCUCUAAAGAUUCUUAAUGGUGUUUUUAUUGGGUAUAUAAUUGAGUGUCCUAAUGGUUUAUCAAUAACAUGAAUAGCUAAGUAUACGUAAAGGUGAUGUAUCAUGAUCUCAGAUAUCACAGUAUUGUGCUGUUCUACAUUUUAGUUCCCAUAGUUAGAUGUUUGGUUUGUUUUUAGAUUGAGGCAAAUCUCUCAUAAAAUUUCAAGACUUGACUCCUAUCUUCUUUUAUAUUUUUUUUAUAUAAGCAGGUUUUCAAGUUGUCCUAAACAUAAAAAGCAGACUUUAGUUGUAUACAAGCUUAACUUUUUUGCUGCCUUCUUAAAGAAAAAUCCCUCCCUUGGAAGGGAAAUAAAUGUCUGAGAUUUAUCUGAAAUCUCAAGACAAUUUGUAUAUUCUUAAUGGGGCCUAAAGUGAAUCUCUGUACUCUAAAUUCUGAGUAUCCAUCACACUAGGAGUCUACGUUUCCCUACCCAUAUGAGCUGAUGCAUCUGUUGCCAGCAGUAUUGCUGGCACUGUGUUUUUUAGGAUUUUUUUGUACCUUGGAUCACUGAAGUCAGUGCUUUUCUUUUUCUCAUAGAGUUGAUGAUAGCGUUGGAUACUGGAUUAAAUACAAAAGUGACUUACCCCUAACAUCUGUGUGCUUUCAAUAAGCAGAUGCUACUGAAAAUCUAGGGUUUUUUUGUUUUGUUUUGGAGCCAAACACUUUGAAAAAUCCUUUCCCAGGGUAAACUAGACUCUUUCUAAUAGGUUUUAAAUAGAUGCAGCUUCUUAACAUGUUUCAGUAACAGAACGUAAAUCUCUGAUCUGAUUAGCUUUGUACAGCUUACUGACAUACCAGGUCAUACUCAUUCAUUAUGUCAUAACGGGCCUUGUUAUUAAAAGUAGUUGCUUCUGCAAAACCUUUAGGAUAGUGGUUGCUGAGGUAUGACCAGCGAAGGAGGGUUUCUAGGUUCUUCACAACUGUGCAUGUUAUUGUGAACCCUUGGACACUACAACUGCACCAUAUUAAAAAUACUCUGAAAUAUAUUCUGCAGAUAAGUCUGGGUUGGGGAAGGGUUGGGAAACUGUAUAGAAGGGUUAUUCUGACUUGACAAGUAUACAUCUUACUAACAAUGUUGUGAUCUAGCUGUCUGUCAUUCUUAUGUCACUGUGGCAGUAGCAGGAUUGCUUUUGUCCUUUCCCAUGGUUUCACGCGUUGCACCAGCACUGUACUUUGUAAGUACGGCUAGUGAUAACUUGGAGAACAAAAACGUGGCCAGUGUUACAGCUUUCAAUACUGACUGAGUUGAGGGUAGUCGUGGAUAUUCUUAUGCCGUAAUGACUAGGACAUAGAAGCAAUACCAAAAAAUCGAGCUUUGAAGAAGAGGGCCAACCACCUUUUGAAAAUCGACAAAGCAGUUACCAGUUUGUGCUAGUUUUACCAGUAGACUGAUGUAUUGGUAGAACUUGUGAACCUAAGAAAUAAGCUUCAUGAGUGUUGCAUUUGCCUAAUAUGUGAAUACACUAAUAAAAGUUUUAAUUCUCA